AUGCAGUUUUUGAAUUUAUUUUCAGGCUAUUUUAAUAAACCAGAGGCUACCAAACUCACCAUAGAUAAGCAGGGCUGGGUGCAUACAGGCGAUCUGGGAUAUUUUGACGAGGAAGGACAACUCUAUGUUGUAGACAGAAUCAAGGAGCUCAUCAAAUACAAAGGGUUUCAGCUUCCUGAUACUGAAGCAGGUGAAGUCCCAGUUGCUUAUGUUGUUCGCUCACCUAACAGUUCGCUGACAGAACAAGAAGUGCAAAAUUUUAUAGCGAGCCAGGUGAGAUGA